CCGCCAACACCGACAAACGCACAGUAGCGGUUCGUCCUAGUCGACGCGUAGACAAUAAUAAUAAUAAUAAUAAUAAUAAUAGUAAUAAUAUAAUAUAAUAUUAUCUGUGUACGAAUAAAAUACACCAUUGGAACGGGGCCGCCGCCGUCGACGGUAAUGAGAAGGACCAAGAAGCUUAUUAGGAACGAUAUUAUGGAUAGUUUAUUCUUCUCUACUGGUUAACGCGGCCGCGACAACUACUCGACUCGGAUUUUCACUGUUUUUUUUUUUUCUUUAUCAGGUUUAAACCUAUUAUCCGAUAUCUAUACACUCUACUCAACGGUUACCGUCGUUGUCUAUCGAACGAAAUUAAUAAUAAUAAUAAUAAUAAUAAUAAUAAUAAUAGUAAUCAUUAAUCGUUGUCGUCGCCGAAGGCCGAAACAAGCGCCAGCGAUUCGCAGUUCGCGUUUUCCGCCGGACUCUGGAGUGUAGAAGAUCGACGGACCGUGAAACUCGAUCAUCGCCGUCACUUCGAGACGGACGGACGACGGUCUUCCGAGGGCGAGAUGACGAUUGCUCGCCAAUCGCCGAGAUUCGCGUACUACCAUAAUUAAUACUAAUAAUAAAUAUUAGAUAAAAGUCUGAGCAAUCGUAAAUAUAUUCGCACUACACACGUACUGACGUAGGUACCUAAAUCUUACGCACAGACGUCAUCGAGCAGCUACGUCCUACACAAUCUCUGGUGCGCGCGCGUGUGUGUGUGUGUGUGUGUGUUUGUGCGAGUGUGCACUCGCAAACUGAAACUGUGUUGGUGUGCGUGCGUACGCGUUUGUUUAACGUCCUAGUUCUGAUAUCGUUUCCAUUUUAUGUUCCGUCUGUUUUUCGUUUGCGCCAUUACGCCAGUCUCGUGACUGUCGCCCUCUCGUUGCCGCUGUUGAGGCACGUCGGACAGCGCCAGUGCGAGUCGUGGACGGAGUUUUUAUUUUGCUUCUCCAUCCGUUCGCCGGUCUGUUGACAUGACGGUUAACGCUACUGUCGUUCGGGAACAACUGUGAGCUCGAUCAGCUCUACGCCAGCCAGACAAACCGUGUUGACAGUCUAUCGCAGACACUAGCUUCUCCACUUCAAUGGUCGUCACAUCAAACGCAGAAUGAUGAACGGCGUACCAAAGAAACGCACAAACUUGCGCAUCAAAGCUUUUCCGAUGACAAUGGAUGAAAAAUUAAUUGACAGCAUUUGGCUGUUAUUGAAAAACGCUAUUCAAGAAAUUCAAAAGAAAAACAAUUCUGGGCUAAGUUUUGAAGAACUGUACCGAAAUGCUUAUACCAUGGUGUUAUUAAAACAUGGUGAAAGAUUGUAUACUGGUAUGAAGGAAGCUGUAAUAUACCAUUUAGAAAAUAAGGUCAGAGAAGAUGUUCUAAAAGCAUUAAAUAACAAUUUUUUACAAGUUUUAAAUGUUGCCUGGAAUGAUCAUCAAACUUCUAUGGUGAUGAUACGUGACAUAUUGAUGUACAUGGAUCGAGUUUAUGUUAAGCAUAAUGAAGUCGAUAAUGUUUAUAAUUUGGGUCUCAUUUUAUUUCGUGAUUUAAUUGUUCGCUAUGGAUAUAUUCGCGAUCACCUACGAAUAACUCUGUUAAAUAUGAUCAAACUUGAAAGAAAAGGUGAAGUUGUUGAUCGAAUAGCAAUUAAAAAUGCAUGUCAAAUGUUAAUGAUUCUUGGAAUUACUGGACGAAUUGUUUAUGAAGAAGAUUUUGAAAAACCAUUUUUGGAGCAAUCUGCUGAAUUUUAUAAAAUGGAAAGUCAAAAGUUUUUAGAUGAAAACAGUGCAUGUAUUUAUAUUAGAAAAGUUGAAUCUAGAAUUAUAGAAGAAUCGGAUAGAGCAAAACAUUACCUUGAUGAUUCAACUGAAAGUCGAAUUGUUGAGGUUAUUGAAGUAGAACUAAUUAAAAGAAAUAUGAAAACCAUUGUUGAAAUGGAAAAUUCUGGCGUUGUACACAUGUUAAAGAACAACAAAAUUGAUGAUUUAGCAUGCAUGUACAAGUUAUUGUCUCGUGUUCCAGAAGGUUUAAAAACUAUGUCUGAUUGUGUUAGUCAAUAUUUACGGGAAAUAGGAAAAUCUCUUGUACAAGAAGAAAAUAUUAGUACUAAUGCAAUCAUCUAUAUUCAGAGUUUGCUGGAUCUGAAAGAUCGUUUUAAUUUUUUUUUGGUUCAUUCUUUCAACAAUGAUAAGAUGUUUAAACAAAUGAUUGCUGCUGAUUUUGAAUAUUUUUUCAACAUAAAUUCCAAGUCACCAGAAUAUCUAUCUUUGUUUAUUGAUGAAAAAUUAAAAAAGGGUGUUCGUGGGUUAUCUGAAAAUGAUGUUGAGUUAGUCUUGGACAAAGCUAUGGUAAUUUUCCGCUUCCUUCAAGAAAAAGAUGUAUUUGAAAGAUAUUAUAAACAGCAUUUAGCCAAGAGAUUGCUUUUAAAUAAAUCUGUCAGCAAUGAUAAUGAAAAAAAUAUGAUCUCAAAACUCAAGACUGAGUGUGGUUGUCAAUUUACUUCAAAACUGGAAGGCAUGUUUAAAGAUAUGUCCAUAUCUAACACUAUCAUGGAAGAAUUUAAAGAAUAUGCAGCCAAGUCCAAUAAUCGGUAUUUACAUGCUGUAGAUCUUACUGUGAGAGUGUUAACGACAGGAUUCUGGCCUACCCAUGCAUUAUCAAAGUGCAAUGUACCAUUAGUUCCUAGAAGUGCUUUUGCAGAAUAUAGAAUAUUUUAUCUGGGUAAACAUAAUGGACGACAACUAACAUUACAACCACAACUUGGUUCAGCUGAUUUAAAUGCUGUAUUCUACGGUUCAAGACGACCAGAAAAUGACCUAUCAGCAAGUGUAUCUUCUUCAGUCAAUUCGCACAAGCCGUCUACUGAGCGAAAACACAUAAUUCAAGUGUCAACAUAUCAAAUGUGUAUUCUUUUAAUGUUCAAUACUCAUGACAAAUUAUCAUUUGAAGAUAUUCGAAGUGAAACUGAUAUUCCUGAUAAAGAUUUAAUAAGAGCAUUACAGUCUUUAGCAUUGGGAAAACCCUCACAGCGUAUACUAUUAAAAACUCCUAAAUGUAAAGAAAUCGAAUUAACUCAUGAAUUUUGUGUUAAUGAGUUAUUUACAUCAAAAUUGCAUAGAGUGAAAAUCCAAACAGUUGCAGCUAAAGGUGAAACUGAACCAGAAAGAAAAGAAACUAGAAGCAAAGUAGAUGAGGACCGUAAGCAUGAAAUCGAAGCAGCUAUUGUACGCGUUAUGAAAUCUCGGAAAAAAAUGAUUCAUAAUGCUCUUGUGUUGGAAGUUGUAGAACAACUACGAGACAGAUUCCUACCUUCUCCAGUUAUUAUUAAAAAACGAAUUGAAGGACUGAUUGAAAGAGAAUACCUUUCAAGAUCGCCAGAAGAUAGACGAACUUAUCUUUAUGUUGCAUAAAAUGUGUAUUUAAUAUUGUAUAUUAAGUCUUCCUAUGUAAAAAUUGACAACUAAAUAAUAUUAUAUAAUGUGUUCUCACAUUAAGAGGUACCACUAAUUAUUUCAGCUGGAUGAUUUUUGAUUGAAAUGUGUUUUAGGAGGUAAAAGGUGUACUAAAAAUACACUUUUGUAGAAAAUUUCAAAUGUUUAACUCCUUUGAUAUGUGCAUGUAUAUUACAACUUAAUAUAUUAUAAGUUGCAACUAAUCUUUUCUUACAAAUUUUGAUGAACAAUUUGUAUAUUAAAUAUUUUUAUAAAUUAUAAAACUGACUAAGUUAGAGCAAGUUUGGCUCUAAUUUAUUUUAGUUAUUCAUAAUACACGAAAAAAUAAAUUACAAACUUAUUAAUUUAGAUUUUGUUAUUUAAUAAACAAUAGUAUUAACUUACAUAUUCUCUGCAUAAAAAUAAUAAUAAUAUAACUUUAUUAAAAACGGAAAUUAUUUAUAAAUGUUAACUUGCUACAAGUAAUUUACAACAAAACUUGUACUAAAAUUGCUUGAAAAAUAAUUGAUCCAUCUGAAUUUGUAGAAAAAAUAGUUAUUGCGAUUUAAACAAAAUUAAGAUACUGAUCAUGCACAUACAAAACAUGUCAUACAUUUGAACUCUUCUCAAAAUGUAUAUUUAGUGCUGCCAAAAAUCCAAUAUUAUCCCUGAAAUAGUGGUACCUCUUAAUAUGAAUAUACAAUAUGUAUAUAUUAAAUUAGGGACCCAUUGUUCCUAUUUGAUAAAAUAAAAUCAUAAAAGUAAAUGAACAAAUACUUAAUAGAUUCCUUAAUGUUUUUCAUACAUUUGGGAAUGUAUAUCGAGCAAUGUUAUUAUUGUGUAACAAAUGUACAGGUGCUACACGGUAUCUUAACUUGAACCAGUGAUAAUUUCCAGUCACUGUUUACAAAAACCAAAUAAAUUACUAAUCAUAGAUUUAUUGUGAUAAUGAUAAUUUUCAUCUAUGAUCUUCUUGUAUUGUAAGUUUAAAAUGUGUUUAUUCCAUUUUAAAUAUAUUAUCAAACAAACUUGAAUUGUUGUUUAUUUCAGGACAAUCUUAUUGCACAUAAUUUAAAAAAAUGUGUUUUUCAUACUGAAAUAUAACCAAUAAUAAAUACUAUAGUAUAAUAAUUAUAAUUGACACAAUUGAAAUUAUAUUAAUAAUUUAUAUAAUAUUGAAAUUAUUUUUUACGUUUUUAUUAUGUUUUUUGAUUUACGUUUGUUAAUGUAUAAUUUAAUGUAAUUAAAUUUUAAGUUAAUGUAUUUCUAAUUAGCCAAUUUGGUAUUUAAGCAAACAGUUUUCUACAUUCCAUUUUUGGAGUAUUUCAAUAUAGUAAAACAUAUUAUAAGUGUGAAUUAUGUGUCUGACUAAAACAUAAAAUUUUUGUUUUCCAUAAAUUAUGUGCUUUAAUUUAAUUAAUAUAUAAUGUUUUAGAAAAAUAUUAUUAUUAUUAUUUUUUUUUUUUUCUAUUAACUAGCUAAUAUUAGCCUUAACACCGAGUUGCAUAAACAAUCACUAAACAUUAAAUUGAUUAAUAGUCAACUAAUUGUCCAUUAAAAAUGAUUUAGUGGACCUUAAUAUUGGUCAUUAAAUUUUAAUGAAUUUAUUUUUUAUGCAAUCUGGCGCAUAAGUGUUUUAGUAAUUGAAAUACUUUUCAAAAUAAACCGCACCGUAAUUGUUUCAGUUACCUACUUGUCAACGCUUAAAAUUGUAACUAAAUGAUAUGUUUGGUUUUUAGUGUUAUUAUUUUUUUCGUUAUAAUAAUUAUUGAUAUAAAAUACAUACCUACAGUAUUGUUAUAAUUAUUUUGUGUAAUCUUAAGGUUUAAUUAUUUGUUUUUUUUUUUUUAUCUAUAACGUGUUUGUACAAAUUUUAAAUUUAGCUAUGACUCAAUCAUUAUAUUCAAUUUUUCUCUGUGUUUUGUCAUCUGAGAAAAUGUUUUUAAUACCUCAACUAAUGAUUCUGGACAUGUUACUUUUAAUAUAUCAUUAAACACUAAUAUUAAACUGUAACAUUUUAACAAUAUUUUCAUUGUUAUAUGAGUUCAGUUAGUAUAAAAUAUUUAAAAAUUGGUUAAUGGUAUGGAUAAUAAUGAAGUACUAGAAAUAAAACUAAAUCCUAAAUAAAAAGAAAAUUAUGCCUCAUAAUUUUGUAAAUACUGUUAUGAUUUUAAGUGCAUAUACGGCCUGAUAUAUUAUAACUUCAUUAAAUAUGUAUUGAAUAUAAAAUAACAUUGUUUCAUAUUAUA